CGCAUCCUUCGGUCCUGGUGUUGUUGUGCCACAAUCCCCUCAUAACUCAUAUCUUCUCUAACCGUCAUCAGCUUCAGGAUGCCUCACCUGGAAUUCCCCGUUGCGCCUGAGGAGGUUGGCACUUCCCCUACGCAAUUCGAUGAACUCCAACCCUACUUCCUUAACGAGGAAAUAUGGGAGGAUGUGACAUACAGAGUCUGCGAGACCCUGUGUGUCUUGUCUUCCAAAGCUCGUUGCUCAGCCAUUCUCCGAGUUCAACUCCUCCCCGAACCGUUUGACGCGUCCGUCAAGGAGCUCACUGCGAUCUGUAAGGUCGGGUGGGGACGUGAGCACGCGCAAAGAGUCAAGAAGGAGGCAGAGCUAUGCCGUGACAAACUCUCCCAUCUCCAAGGUGAUGGCCUCCCAUGGAUUUACGGCUGCUAUGAUGGAGUCACGGACGAAGGUGUCACAAGGGUUUCGGUAAUGGAGGACUGUGGGCAAUCCCUCCAUGUACCUCUCGUAGAAUGUCCUCCUACGUUUCGAUAUCUCGCAUGUGGUAUGCUCGUUGAGGUUCACAAAGCCGGAGUGAUACAUAAUAGCUUCACGGAGCGGAACGUUGUGGUCUCAGUCAUCAAUAGCGGUCCCAACAAAGGAGAACACGUCCCUGUUCUCGUCGGCUUUGGCGAAGCAACAGAGCAUCAAUGUCCGUUGAAUGGGAACAUUCAGGCGAAUGGUCUGCGACCUGAGAGAUCGGACAUCAUGUGCGACGAGAUCUACUACGCUUGCAUGGAUUCAGAUUUCUGGCGGCCAGCAUAUAUCAAGGUAUUGGACACAGAGGUCCCAAUCGCGCAUGCCACGAGCGUGGAGAGCCUUGUGCAACAUGCCGGAUACUCAAACUCGAACGAGAUGUUGAAGAGGCGUGCACUGUUGGAAGCUAGGAGAGCCUUCUCGGCUCACAGAGAUUGAGAAGAGGCUGGGACAAAUGGGAUGAAUCGCCGCUCAUUAGCGAGUAGGAUGUAUUGUGAUACGACGAUUCAUGGAACAAUCCCUCAGCGUCACUUUGUAACAAGAGAUGACUUGG